AUGUUAAAGUGGACGGCAUCAGCGCAGAAGCUGAACCAGCUUACACCAAGUAUCCGAACGGCCACCACAUCGAUACGAACACCACAUCCAUUAGCGGAGGCUAAGCAUCGACGGCGACAUGCCACCAUUAAUAACAUCGAGAACAUACCAUAUACGUCAACUCCAAUGGUGGAGAGAGAGCGUAAUAAUCCGCUGUUAUUUUCUCCAUUAACGGAUAUUUUGAAUGUCACACCAAAAGACAUGUCGCCUUUAAUAGAGCAUACACAAGGACGAAUUCGAGUCACAAGCACGAAUGCAACUGGUAGCCCAUUGCGAAAUCGACGACAUUCAACAGUGGGCCUUUUUCUACAUCCGGCACCGACUUACGCAUCUACCUUGCCACGCUUCGAGGAAGAAUAUUCACCGAGUACUGCGCUGCCGACCGGACAACAAGUAGCGCUAAGGGGACUACUGCCUGACCCCUUUAUAAGCAAUUUACGUUACUUCAACACACCCGAGUUGGCAAAACGGAGACAAAAGGAGGACUUAGAGAAACUAAAGGCCGCCAGAAAAUCAUUGCCUAGAAAACUGGAAGCAGAUUUUGCAGAGAUCGCGAAGGAAUGUGGCGAGGAAAAGUUAAUGAAGCACAUGAAGAACGAGUCACACUCGGCGGGUAUGAGCGAUCAAACUCUGGAUAAGCUAAUUGAUGCUAUUCUAGACUCGGCGCGUAAGGAUGAGAAGAAGAAGGUGAAACCGCGCAAGUCUUUUAACCUGCGUCGUCGUACCCUACUCAAAAAUCAAGCCGAACAAAAAGUCAGUGAAUUGGUUCUUUCACCAUCCUAUGCUGCAGGCGAGGAUCCAGCGAGUGAUCUCAGCAUUAUCUUCGUUGAUCAGCAGCCAAAACAUGUGAUGAAAACAGUGAACGCCACCAAAUCACCACUUACUCCGGCGCCAGUAACGCCUCCGCCAGGCACGCCAAUAUCCACUGACACGCUCCAAAAAAUGCCGACGCCCGCACCCACAAGUAUUUCAACAACCGAUGCCAACUCUGCAUACCAACAUCAUUACCUCCGCUCGAACUUAAGCAGAACACGACUGGACCACACCUUUCUGUUGGAGACGCCUGCGCGACUACCGUUGCAAAGAAAGCGACAACGGCGUAAAACAUUAGCAGCGCCAAUCGGUAGUACGAAACGCUUGAAAACUGGAGGCACCAACUACUUCGAGGUGGGAUUGGCGUUGCCCUCAAUCUAUGUCUAA